AAUUCCGUUGCAAACAUCCAGUUUUAUAUGUGAGGAAAUCAUUUGAACACGAAAUUUAUUCGUUAAACUUACGAGAGACGCGUGACUUACCCGAUUACUGAAAUAAAAUAAAGCGAUCGCGUUUAAAUGAAGAAAAUGUCUCCGUUGAGGAGACUGUGAGAUAUAUAAGUGAAUGUUUUAGUUGGUGAGUGAAACGAGCAGUUUCGACAACAAAAAAAGUAAACAUUACCACAUAAUCGUGACAAUAUCUCACCUUCCAAACUUUCGGAAGCAGCACAUAAAUUACCGCAUCGCAAAAUCGAAAGCAGAAUAUCUCUCGGCCUGUCCGCCACCUCGCUCACACACACAUUUGACACAAGCAACAAAGAAAGUCUCUGCAGGCGACAAAGGUGGGGAAAAGUCAUCGCUUGGAAGUGGGACGUAUGUUAUAAUGCGACAGCCAUGAUAACACAGUGAUGAAAAUACAAUUCAAACAUUCCACGCAGAGACAACUCUCGAAAUGGAAAAUGGUACAUCGCUUAAAACAGAUAACCACUUUCAAUAAGGUGUCCUGUUGCUAUGAAUAAACAUUGGGAUUUGACGAAGGAUAAAUUCAAAAAGAUAUAUUAAAAGCUGAUAGAUAGAAAAUGAAUCGAUGAAUCACUAAACGAACACUUUUGCGUUUGAUGUACGAAAAUGAAGUGAAGCAACAUAAUCCUUUCGAAUAUAUAUCUUUGAAACGGAGUAAACGACGACCACAACCACCACCAAUAGGACGACGAAUUCGAGCGAUAUAUUUUUUGUUAUCACUCUGGCUCAAAAGUUUUUCGUAUUUUGUACGGAAAUUCGUAAUUGGGAAAAGAAUAAAAAGAGAUUGAAGAAAAAGAACGGGACAAAAUAGAGAAACGACCAUUUUCCAUUGCUUCCAAAACUACAACACCCAAAUCCAAAAGGGAAAUAAAUAAGAGACACGAAACAAAAUAUCCGUUCUAAUGCCAAAUGUAAAUAGGAGAAAAAUGAAAUCAGCCCUUUUGUACCUAGACACACGAACCAGAGGUCCAACAAGCAGAUGCUGUCGCAUUGUUCAUGCAAAAAAUUUGGCUUUAUCCAGCGCUAUUUACACACUGAAUAUAUCGAUUUUCGUUGUUUUGGUGUACGCUUGGCGAAUCAGCAUGAACAUGAAGAAAACCAAUGAAUUGGGCGAUGUCUAUUACGGUGUUCAAGUGGCAUAUUUUAUCAUAAUUGGCACACAAUUAUCUAUGAUUGUUCUAAGCAUUGCGCUUAUUUAUGGAAUAUAUCGGGAAAAUUGCGCUUUUGUUGUACUUUGGGUAAUUGGUUUUAUAACUUUUAUGGCCUUAGAAGCUGUAGCAAUGGUUUAUUCCAACGUGCUCAGGGAUCAUGUUAAUCGCCAAUUUGACGCAGUUUGUAAAGCGGAAGUGGCACUUUUCAUCACGAGAGCUUUUAUUAAUGUAAUUGCCGUAUGGGGCGUGUUACGUUUCUAUCACAGUGUACGGGCCGGUUUUACAUGGAAAGGUCCUGAAGUGAUCGAACUUUGAUAUAAUCAGAGUGACUCUGUGGAAGAGUCAAAUGAUUUAUCAUUAAAUCGUCAUUCAACCGAGCACAUAUUUUGUGGAUUUAGCCGACGACGACGAAGUUCUCAGCAAACGAAUUUUGAAAACUACUACUAUGGAAUGGAUGAGGGUAGCGAUCAAACGACAUACAGUGAAGAGGACGAUGAUUAUGAUGAGACGAUGACGGACGACAAUGGCGAUGGUAGUGGUGGAGGUGGUGGUGGUGAUUGUGAAAGCAGUUUUGCAAAUUAUGCACCAAAAAGUCAAAUGAAUGGGCGGCUAUCGCGUCGAAAUGUUGCAACCCGUUUAGAUAGAGUUAGUGAAAAUGAUAAUAAUUUCCGUACACGCUCAAAAUGGAAGAAGUAUCAUUAUCAAGCUAUACCAAGAUCAAUGCCCAUUCAAGAAGAAGACGAAGAAACUGCUGGCCCAUCGUCAAUAGCACCAACAACAUCAGCAACAAAUGAAACAAACACCAUUCAUCCAAACACAACCAUAUUAGCCAUGGACAAUGAUAGGAAUAAGCAUGUCAUCAUUCAUGUGAAUGAAUUUGAAUUCGAUGGAGACGAUGAUGACGACGAUGAUGAACUGUCAUUCGACGAAGAGGAAAUUUGCUUCGACAAAAAGUCUAUAUCCGAAAAUGAUUCGUUACUGGUUGCUUACGAUAGCAAUUCCAUUUCAUCUGUGUGACAAAUGAAUCGAACGUAUUUAAUAUGUUCGCUUAAUAAAUAUUUUCAACGUGAACUCUGGAUUCAUUUGACUAUGCUAAACUGCCAAUAAACAUUUUCAACAGUGAACCAUCUCACAGCUGAUCAUAUCCAGCAAACAGUACCACUAACAAAACAAACCACAAAAGGAAGACAAAAGGUAAAACGAAAGUGAAUAAAACACUUGACUAAGCUAAAAACAAAAAUGUAUAUGUAUUUAAGUAUAAAUAAAUUUAACACUUUUACAAAGAUUCAGACGCGUAGCAAAUUCAGGCAGUCGAUGAUUUUGUCACAAAACAAAAACGCUUUUUCCAAAAUCGCUCGGUUAUUCAUAUAUUUUGCUUUUGAAAUGAACCAAUUUUUUCGCUCAAAAAAUACGUAUGCGUGUGGGUGCGAUUUUGGUUUCGAUUUAACUGGAAUGGCAUCAAUACAUGGUUCAUGCACACUCACAUUGGAACCAUCUAUACGAUUUUGUAAUUCCACUUCAAUUUUCAAAACAGUCAAUUAUGUUCUCUGGGGUGAAAUACAAACGAUGUUAAUUUGAAGCUUCACAUUUGCGGCGAAGCACACACUCAAUUUUUCGUAUUUUCGAUACGAGAAUGCAUGUAUGGGUUAUAUUAUUUUUGGAAUGAGCCAAUGUAUCUUGAGAACAAUUCAAGUAACAAAUGGUCGAUAAAAAAAACAGAGGGGUUAGCAAAAUAGUUUAUACAAUUAUAAUUCAUUUUUCUGACAGCAUUUCACAUUUCAGUUAUUUGACUUCUUUUUUUCAUCUUUAUAAUGAUAGAAUGUGGUAGUUAUAACACAGCACCUUCCAUCAAAUUUAAUAUGCUCAAUUCAUUUUGUUAUUUUCAGAGGUUUUUAAGUUGAAUGUAGGUUACAAACAAAAUACAUAUCACCGAAAAUAUUCACUGCAUUUUCAUUUCAAAUUUUUAUAUAAAGCGUCAAGCUUCCGAUGUAGAACGAAAGAAAAACACUUCAAAACCAACAGAAACCGUUCAUUUAUUUAAUUAAAGAAAAUUGCAACCACAACAAAUUUUACGCAUCAAUAUUGUAUAAGCCAACUAACAUAUGCUGCAUAAGUUUUGAGAGUAAAUUCAGGCGAUUAUUGCGCUACAUAAACAAAAUCAAAAGUGUUAACCAAUGCACACAGGAGACUUAAAGGCACUCCUACUCUACUAUCAAACUUAAUUCGACGAAAUACAUCCAUUCGCAAUGGUGUACAAAUUGGAUUUACGAAAAAUUGUCUCAAAUGGUUUUGGCGAGCUAAGUUCAAAACAAAUUCUGCACAUGUCUAAAGAUGAACCAAUCUCUUCGAACCAUGUAUCGCGUUUUGUGGAUUUAAUAUGAAUGUAAAGAUUCUACAAAAAACAAAAAGUCCGGUCUUAUUCCCAAUCUGAGCGCUCAGACCUUUCAAAACUGUCACCAAGUGCCAAAAACCGGGUUGGUCAAGCAAAUAGUCAUUUUUGAACCAAAACAAUAGAUUUACGACACGUUACGAAAAAUUCCAAAGGGUGUCAAAAAUUGGGUGUUUACUUCACCUUAUAGCAUGUUGCACUGAAAAAUUCAUCAUUUUGGAUAGUGAAACAUUCAUCGCUAUAUCGAACCAUGAAUCAAGUGCCAGUGGUUUCUUUUGCAUUGAUAACGUUAGAGCACUGCCAUGUAAUGCUAAAUACGUUAUGCAACAUAUGAAUCGUUGCGGCGAAACAGUAGCUCUUAUUUUUCUCCAAAUAAUAC